GGAAAGGGAAAGAAUUGUCUUUUUCACAACGCUUCCCCUCCCAUCCCAUGUGAUAUCCUGACGCAGCGUCACGUUUUGCGUCGCUCUGACGCAGGGGGUUUCCAUCAUGGCGUCGAUGCAGAAAAGGCUACAAAAGGAACUAAUGGCUUUGCAAAAUGAUCCACCCCCUGGAAUGACACUCAAUGAGAAAAGUGUACAGAACACCAUCACACAAUGGAUUGUAGAUAUGGAAGGAGCCACGGGCACACUCUAUGAAGGAGAGAAAUUUCAGCUGCUUUUCAAAUUCAGUAGUCGGUAUCCUUUCGAUUCACCUCAGGUAAUGUUCAUGGGAGAGAAUAUACCUGUACAUCCUCACGUUUAUAGCAACGGUCACAUCUGUCUUUCAAUACUAACAGAAGACUGGUCGCCAGCCCUCUCAGUGCAGUCAGUCUGUCUCAGCAUUAUCAGUAUGCUGUCCAGCUGCAAAGAAAAGAGACGGCCCCCUGAUAACUCCUUUUACGUAAAAACGUGUAACAAGAAUCCGAAGAAGACAAAAUGGUGGUAUCACGAUGAUACAUGCUAAUUCACUUUCUAAAAGUCCUACUGUCCCACAUAAAGCACUUUUGAAUCAUACAGUCACUGAACUCUGACCUUUUGACUGGAACAAUGGACACCGUGAUGCCCCGGAGACUCUUUUUUAUUUUAUUUUUAUUUUAUUUUUAAACUGCAUUUCCCAGAGGGCAGUUGGGUGCAUGUUUUUGCCGGUUGUAAUAAAGGAACGUUAUAUGUCCCAACAAUGGAUUGUUUUGGCAAAAAGCAAUGGUUUUGAAGUGAAGAUUAUUAUAUUAUUAUUGUUUUGA